CGUUGACAGUUGGUCGAGUGUUGACAAAUAAUGGACAGUAGAACUCGUUCAUCAAAUACAUUAUUGGAGUAAAUUAAAAUAAUCGAUAAACUAAGUAGAAUAUCGUUCAGGAUAUUCAUACAAAAAUGCAAAUUUUCUGGAGAAAAUUAUUUGCUUAAAUUUAUCCAACUCCGUAGAUUUACAUAGAACAAAAAUUUAAAUUAAAUUUUAUUUACAGUAGAGGACUUCUGGGAUUUUGGUUUUGAAUUGUCAUCCAGGCCAUUGUUCUAGUGUAAUUUUGAAUUUUCCGUACGAUAUUCCUCUGUUGAUUUGCUGUUCCGGAAUUUAUAAGUAGUUUAUAGGUAAUUUAUACAUUUUUAAAUUAAAAAAAAUGUUAACAAAUGUUUAUAACAAAAUUAUUGCUAACAAAUGCAAUAUUUUUCAUUGAAAUUUUCAACCAGUAUCAAUGGCGAUGACCGCACAGCGACCGUUGGUGCAACGGCCUUUUCACAGUUGACUGACGGUUCGAAAUCAAACUGUUUGUCAACGGGUACAAAAUAAACCGCACUUUUUCGUUCUCGGCCGGUUUGCCCUUUCUACAGCCGUCCGUUCAGCUGCCCCGUAUUUCGCAUUGUUUGUUUCGUUCGUUCGGUUCAUUGUUGGGCACGCUGAACAUACAACCAGCAAGCAAUGGUUGCUGGUUUUCCGAUGUUCGUUCGUGCUACGUUUGCUAUGCCGCAGAGUCCCUGCGGUGAGAAGUGAAGCCUACGCCUACAAUAGGAGGUACUUUUCCGUGCGACAUCUCCGGAGUGGUUGUACAUAGAGGGGGGAAAAGGGAAGUGGUGCAAACUUUAAUCCCUGCGCGUUUUUGUACGAUGACGGAAGUGGAGGAGUCCACCAAGGUACGAUUGGAUCAAGACAUUGCCAGCAGGCUGCAGAAUGAACAUCCGGAACAGUUCGUUACGUUGGUUCGGAUGCACCUGUCGUUCGAACUGGAUCUUCACACCGAUACGGAAAACGAUCCAGCCGAACUAGAUAAGCAGAAGCUGAAGAAAUGGAAAGGAUUUCACAAGAAAGCGAAAGGCUGCACGUCAGCCAAAGCGACUUCGCCGGAAACGGCCAAGGCGGCGCUUACGAAGGCCAACAUUGAAGAUCUGAAGCAUCUGAUCGCAUUCCUGGAGCAGGAAGAAAACAUCUCCCAGGAAGGGAUAUUCCGCAAAACGGGUUCAUUGGCGCGGCAGAAUGAGCUGAAAAGUUUGCUGCUGCAAGGCAAUGUGUUGCCGCUCGAUGGGGCCGGCUAUACGGCACACGAUUGUGCCAGUGUGCUGAAAAGCUUCCUGGCCGACCUGCCCGAACCACUGCUGACCGAGCUGUACUACCCGGCCUACUGCCAGGUGGCCGAUCUGUACCACUCGAAGGAAGCGGCUCAACCGGCACGGAACGAGGAUCGGCUGCUGAAUGCGCUUCAGCUGCUGUUGCUCCUGCUGCCGGAAGAAAACAACAUUCUGCUGCGCCACAUUAUCGAGCUGCUGCAUCGUACGAUUCAGCACGAGGCGACCAACAAGAUGUCGGCCGUAAAUUUGGCCACCCUGUUCACGCCGCACCUGAUCUGUCCGCGCAAGCAAUCGCCCGAAGCGCUGCACACGACGGCCCAGCACAUGUCGGGCAUAGUGGGUUUCAUGAUCAAAACCGGCCCCCGGUUGUUUCACAUCCCACCGAAGCUGGCCACCGACAUACGGGCGUACUUUGUGGAUCAACGGCGCCGCAAAACCAUGUCCCCGGAGCACAUCCUGAACGAAUCGACCACCUCGGACUCGGUGGCCAACACCGUGUACACGUUUGUCGAUCGGGAAAAGACGGCCGAAGCGUUGGAGAUGAACUCGACCGACACGGCACUGGCGCAGCUGUAUGCGCACAUCCAGAGCUUACCCGAGUCGUCCAAGAAGAAGAAGCUGGUGAGCAAGUUUAACCGCCAGAAUGGGUAUGGCACGCCGCUGCAGGUGUUGCUCCGGGAAAAGAAUGGUUCCGGCACGGGUAGUGCCGGGCUGGCCAGCGGUGGAGGGCUGAAGUAUCCACGCUCGAUUAGCGAUUCGAUCAAGCGCCAUAUCUUUCACAAAUCGCUCAUGUCGAGAACACCGAAACGAGGCACGAUCAGUGGCAGUCAAACGCCAACUACUUUCCAGACUCCAAACGCAACGUUUGGCUCGAUGUCGUCAUCAUCGGGCACGGGAAACGCAAAGCCGGCCGGUUCGCUGACACGCACGAUCAGUUCGGAAAGUGGCAGCAGCACCUCGAGCUCUACCUCCUCAACCCAUCAUGACGUGUCAAAGCCGGAAGCACUGAAACGGCGAUCUUCCGGAGAGAUAGGAGCGGAAGAAGGACAGCGUAGUACCAGCGGAGGGGCAGAUGUUAAUUCCUCCUCGGAGCGCAAACGAAGCAGGGUUGAGGAACGUUCGGAUCGGGAGCAAACGGGACGGUCCAAACCGGGACUGGUGGUGCGCUUCGGUGCCGAGACGGUGGCCGGUUGUGAUGUGCUGGAGGACAACGAACCUCCUCCUCCCGAGGACGAUGAGGACUUUGUAGAGCAGGAGGAUGACGAUAUCGGUGACAGUGGCAGCGAGCCCGUGGACGAGUUUUCAAACGAUGAACUGCUGGCGAACGACGAGGCAGUGACGGAGGAGGAGGAGGAAGAGGACGAAGGCGACGAGGAGGAUGUGUUUGAGGACUGUGAACGGAUACUGAGCGAUACCGAGGAGGAGCGGUACGGUUCAGCCGGGCUGCAACGUCAUGUAAUAAACCUGGACAAUAAGCACGAUGCGAAGGAUAGCUGCUGGCAAAUACUGCGCGGCGGUCUAGGGGCCACGCAAAUGGACGGCAAAAGUCAACCAACCACACCGGGCGGCGGUAGUGGAGGAGGUGGUGGUGGUACCGCAGCGGGAAGUUCCACCAAGCAACGCAUGAACAUAAACUUCUUCAAGAACAAGCUCAUCAAGGGCGUCUCGAUGGGCAAUUUGCGCUUUCCGUUCGGCAACGAUGCUAGCAAGGCAAGCAAAAAGAACAACAGCCGACCGGUGGAACCGUUGGUUCGGUCGAGAGACGCUAAAAAACUGAACACCACCGCACGUGAGAGUAGUUUGGCGGACAGUGUCUUUCUUCCUACGCUCCGAUCUUCCAUCGUGCCCAGCACCACGUUCGCGACCACGAGCGUGGCGAGCGUGGCGAACGAUGACAAUUCAAACGAAUUGCCUGGCUCGGUGCACGGGACGAAUUGGGCGGCAGAAUCGAUCAUGACCCCACGGUCCCGCAAGCGAUGCUACUGCGUGUUGGCAAACGCAGAAGCUUACAGCAGUUUUUCCAGCCUGAAAGAGGAAGACGAAGAAGUGGAUCUCGAACCGGCGGUACCAGUCGGCAGCUUGCUGCAUGGAGCUAGCGACGGCACACCAUCAUCAUCCCACACGCGUUACGAUCGUGGCCUGAAGCAGCUCAUCAACGACACGGGUCUACCACCGAUCGGUAAUGACGUGGGGCUUCCACCGAUAUCGAACCAUUUUCCUUCUAAAGGUAACAUAGCCUCCGGUUGCAUGGUUGUUCAUGGUGAUGGUGAUGGUGGUGGUGGUUUUGUUGUUGGUGGUGCCGCGGAACGAACCCAUGAGUCGCGCGCUCUGGCGAGUCCCUUUCGACAUUACCUGCUCAGUCGCGGUGUGAUGCCGGCCGAAAGUCCGGCCGACCUAUCAUUCGCCAGCCUGCCGGAUGAUUUCGUCGAAUCGUCGUCGGGAGAAAUUUUGGACCGGCUGAGUGAGUCGAAAAUGAGCGAAAGCUUGCUGUACUGCUUGAAUGGUAAUGAACCAAAGGACAAGGAACUGGCAACAAAUGCCUCAACGGCGACAGCAGUAGCAGCAGUAACAGCAGUGCCAAAUCAACGAUUUCCUGAACUGAACAGUUCCGAGCUGGAUGAAACGGCACUGUAAGAGAGGGAAUCAGAUUUCCUCUAUGCUCUACGGAACCACAAACAUGACCACUUGUAGACCCGCAGCGAGUAACAGUAAAUCAAAAUUUAAA